GAGAGAGAGAGAGAUACGGAUAGAGAUAUAGGUCUCGCGCUGAAGUAGCCCUACCUAAUUUUCCUGUAAUAGCCUAGUGACCUGAUUUUUUUUUUUUUCCACUUCCACUGCAAUUCCACGCGAUAAUCUAAGUUUAAACCCCCCCUGCACCGGCGGUGGCUGGGAGCUGCACUGAACCCGAGCCGAGCUUGUGCCUAUAAGCGGAAGUAGGAGCCCGCCUGCUGGAGCGGCGCGUCAUCGGCGGAGCGGCGGUCGCGCGCGCCACGCACUCCUCCCUGCCUACUUUUAAUAGCUGCGUCAUGUGACGGAGAGCAGUUGUAAGGCAGGUGCCCCUCGGUUCAUUCUCAGUGAGGGGGCACUUCCCUACACGACAGCACAAUCGGGAACGCUUGGAUUUUCAUAUUUCCUAUUAAUAUUACCAUUCUUAUUAUAUUAUGCUUAUUUAUUUUAUUUUAUAAUUUAUUAUUUUAUUUUUUUUACUGUUAUUAGAUAUUUUUUUUCUCCGUACCGUCAUUCAGUGGCUGGAUGGCGUGGGACAGGUGCAACCAGGAGUUGGUGUGGACGGAACUAGAGUGUGCUGCCUUGGUUGGGGAAGACCAGCCCCUCUGCCCUGACUUACCUGAACUGGACCUCUCUGAGCUGGACGUCAGUGAUCUGGAUGCAGAUAGCUUUCUGGGUGGACUCAAGUGGUACAGCGACCAAUCAGAAAUCAUUUCCAGCCAAUAUGGCAACGAGUCGUCCAAUCUGUUCGAGAAGAUAGAUGAAGAAAAUGAGGCCAACUUGCUGGCAGUGCUCACAGAAACCCUGGACAGUAUCCCUGUGGACGAGGACGGAUUGCCUUCGUUUGAAGCCCUGGCAGAUGGGGACGUGACCAACGCCAGCGAUCAGAGCUGUCCCUCCACCCCUGAUGGCUCGCCACGCACCCCAGAGCCAGAGGAGCCCUCCUUGCUGAAAAAACUCCUUUUGGCUCCACCCAACUCUCAGCUCAGCUAUAAUCAAUAUCCAGGCAGUAAGGCACAGAGCCAUGCAGCCAGCAACCACAGGAUACGACCAACACCUGCUGUUACCAAGACGGACAACCCCUGGAACAGCAAGCAAAGAGGGGUCUGCCCCCAGCCAAACCGGCUGGUGAGACGCCCAUGCACUGAACUGCUCAAGUACCUCACUGCCAGCGAUGAUGCCUUCCAGACAAGAGCCAGUGAAGCCAAGAGCACCUGGUCAGGCUGUGACAAGGACAGGGGUGGGCCUGGUACCUCCUCCUUUUCGUCGUCUUCCUCUCCAUCUUCUUCAUCCACUUCCUCCUUCUCCUCCUUGUCCUCCUGUUCCUCCUCUACCGCCUCAAAGAAGAAGCCCUCCUCUGCCUCCCUGUCAACGCAGCAGCAGCAACAGCAGCAGCAGCAGCAGCUGGCAGUGCAGGUCCAGAGAGGUGAGAGCCAGGCAGCUGGGGCGUAUAGUGUGGCUGGUGAGGGGGCAGGGCAGUGGCAGCGGUGUACACAUGGGGAGCAGUCCACCCCUGUUGUGCCGUCCUGUGGAAGUGGCUGUAGCCACGCCUGCUCCAGUGAAGAGGGGAGGCCACCUCUUGGUGCUGACACAGGCAGCCAGGCUGCCGCCCGCUUCAUUAGGUACAUGCACUCUUACUCUCUCCCGCCUAGAGAGACGGGUCGUGCAGGCAGCUGUGGCCGUUGUCUUGAGGCGGGCGGCUGGGCUGGGGCCAGCCGUGCGGACAGGCACAUCCCAAUAACUAUUAGAAAGAGGAGGCAAGAGCAUGAGCAUUUCAUGCUCAGCCAGCUGCUGACCUCCAGACCCAGGCCAGCCCGUUAUCGGGCCCACCUGCAAAUGCCCAGUGUGUCCAAGAGAGACAAACAAGAUCCACCCAAAACACCUCCUAGAGACAAAGGGUUGGAUGGGCAUGUAGUUAAAGAUAGUCAGGAACAUCAGAUCAUAAGCCCAUUUCCGGAUCUCCAGGAACCUAGUCUAUCUAACUUAUCAGAUCUUGAUCUUUCAACCCUGGUUGCCUUGGACCUAGAAAGUUUGUUAACAAAAUUUGAGCAUGAAAUAGAAGGGUCUAAAAUUAAAAUGGGGCAAAAUGGGGUGAAUGUUCAUGAUGAUGUCUUAGGCAGCCCCUUGUCAUUCCCACGGGGCUUGCCAAGUCCACUUUUCCAAGACUCUUUAGUUCCAGAGCACACCCCUUCCUUCAUACAAGAGCAGAACCCACACAGACAGGCAGACCGCAGGCAUCCCGAUGACCAGGUUCCACCACCGUUAGCCAAACCAACCACCUUGCCACUUCCUUUGACCCCAGAGUCUCCAAAUGACCACAAGGGAUCUCCAUUUGAGAACAAGACCACUGAACGCACAUUGAGUGUGGAGAUCUCUGGAACCCCAGGUCUGACACCACCUACCACACCUCCUCACAAAGCCAGUCAAGAGAACCUUUUCAAAGUAUCACUCAAAACCAAGCUGUCUUCAGCUUCUUCAGCCCUGACGAGCAAGAAGGCCAAGUUGAGCAAUGGAAGCCCUAGCUCUCCUUCAUUCAGUAGCUCCAGCAGAAAGAGGCAUGAGAAGUCUGAGCUGUAUGCCCAACUGAGCAAGGCCUCUUCAGCCCUGCCUCUGGGAAAUUUAGAAGAGUGCCGGGGCAAGCAGCCAACGCCUCGCGUGUUUGGUGAUCAUGAUUAUUGCCAGGCUUCAAGCACAAAACGAGACAACGGCACAUUGGCUGCCAUGAUCACUGGGCCUGUAGAGGGCCGGCAUGUAGAACCUAAAGACUCAAACAUGCCAGCUUUCUCUAAUCUCACAUCCUCUUUGUCUUCCACCAGUCCCUUAUCUUCCUCUCUGGCAAGGCAGCUGCAGGGUCUUUCCCCCAUGGUUCAGGAGGCUUGUCCAGACAGCGAAGCUCAGGGGCAGAACCACAGUCCUGCACUGGAUGCCAAAACUUCUAAAGAGUGCAUCUCUACAGGCAGGAAACUGCUGCGAGACCAGGAGAUACGGGAAGAGCUUAAUAAGCACUUUGGUAACCCCCAACAAGCCUUUUUUAGUGAGACUGAGCAGAGUGGUUUCCAGCCACUAGAUGAAAGUGACUCUGGGGAUGAGAACUAUUACCCUUUUGAGGCCUACAUGGACACAGGCCUGCCUGACUUUGAGGACCUAGAAGUGGGCCGUGAGCGCCUUCUUUGCUCUUGGGAAGGCACUCCACUGGGGAUGUUCUUUGAAGGCUCUCCAUCCUGUUCUCCAUCCAGCAGCUUGCCUUCCCAGAGUUCGGUCUCGCCACCUUCAACUCUGCUCUCUCCAGGGCACUUCUCCUACAAGUCAGGAUCACGCUCUAGAUCCCGCUCCAGGUCUUCCUCCCGUCACAGAUACAGAUCCCUCUCCAGGUCUCCUUACUCCUGUUCCCAGUCCCCAGAUAACUGCUCCCCUUCUUGGUCUCAUCGUACUGUUGAUAAGACCUCGUUCAAAUCCAGGACUAUUAGAAGUCCUCGGUCUGACUCUCACUCAGGCCUUGGUCAGAGGCCCAGGUAUGACAGCUAUGAAGAAUACCAGCAUGAACAGCUGAAGAGGGAGGAGUACCAGAGGGACUAUGAGAAACGUGAGGUAGAGAGGGCUGAACAGAGGGAGAAACAACGAAAGAGAGCAAUAGAGGAGAGGCGGGUUUUGUACGUUGGACGUCUCCGGGCUGACAGCACACACUCCGAGCUCAAGCGGCGCUUUGAAGUUUUCGGCGAGAUCGAGGAGUGUGUCAUCAACUUGAGACAUAAUGGGGACAAUUUUGGCUUUAUCACCUACCGCUACACUUGUGAUGCCUUCGCUGCCCUUGAGAAUGGACACACCUUGCGCAGGCCAAAUGAGCCUCAGUUCGAGCUCUGCUUCGGUGGACAAAAGCAGUUCUGCAAAUCCAAUUACACAGACUUGGACUCUCAUUCUGAAGACUUUGAUCCGACCUCAACCAAAAGCAAAUAUGACUCGAUGGAUUUCGACAGCUUGUUGCACGAGGCCCAGUGUAGCCUGAGAAGGUAACGAGCUCCACCACACCUGCUGGCUGCAAAGCGAGGGAUUUGUGAUACCUCACUGCUGUUUUGCUCCUCUGACUAUGAGACUAUUGCAAGUUUUACACUGAAUAUAGAGGGAAUAUAUAUAUAUAUAUAGGACAUAUAUGUAUAUCUAAAAGCAAAGUUUACAUGAACAUAGCUGCUGCAAAGACUUUACCUUUGGGGAUUAGCCAAUAAACCUUUAGAGGAGUGCACGGAUAUGUGCCUGUGCUGUGCUGCUGUAUGAGACAGUGAUCUCUAUGGGAUUGUUUUCUUCAUGCACUGCUCCAAUCUCAGCGCUUUGAGGGGUGAAAAUGUGCAGCCUGUUCAGUCAGUUUUUAUUUGAUUGAUUUUUACUUUUUCUGCCUUUUUUAUUUAACCUGGUAUUUGGAUGUGGUGUUACAAUGUUGUUAAGUGAGUAUGGGACUAGUAUCUUCUUCAAGGUUAUAUUGUCUACAUUUUUUGGGGGAAAUGAUAUAAACAGAUAUUUACAGAUAUUAAAUGGAAUAUUUUUAUUUUGUGUACAUAUCAAUUCAAAGUUCUUUAUUUGUUACAGCUAUGCACUGUAAAACGCAGCCUUUAUAAGAUGGAGAUUUUCCUAAUCGAGAAUGUCAAUCUGUAGUCAUUACAGUGACACAUAACCAACAUUGCGGUUAUGUGGAGUGAUAUGAUUGUAAAAAAAAAAAAAAUUAUAAUAAUAAAUUAUAUAAAAAAAAAGUCUAUGGAGAUUGGGUGCUCUUUAGGGGAGCAUGUGAACAGAUUUUUAAAGACUUUUGUUUUAAAAUGUCAUGAAUCAUGUAUAGUUUCAUCUUUAAGCUUCCUCAGUGUUUUCCUUACACAACCUAUGUAUGAUACAUUUGAAUAUUUUUAUGUCCAUAACUGUGUACAACCAUAAGAUUUUUUUCUCUCUGAAGUAAACAAUAACUUUUUAAUUACUUUGUGCACAAGAAUAAUUUUUAUUAUUGCUUUUUAAAAAAACAAACAAAUAAUAAUAAUAAUAAUAAUAAUUCACUAUAACUAAUAUAUGAUUGUUCUUCUUUAAAGACAAAUUCAUGUACUUAUGUUCGUGAGGGAGAAAUGUAUUUAUUUCAGUAUUUUUGAUCAAAAUAUUUAUGGUUGACAUCAACUAUGAUGCGCCUUGCAAAUUUUGCUAUUUAUAUUGUUAUUUGACUUAUUUAACAUUCAUAUAUUUUUAAGGAUGCACAAGUUCUACAGAAAUCUCAUUCUUUUAAACAAAGAUAUAAUCACCGAACGGUCCAUGCUUUUCUUCUUCACAGUUUGCAACCAUUGUUUUUUCAUUCAUUUUCUUUGUCUAAAGCACAUAAAGCAAUAAAACUAAUUUUGCAGGUA